UUUCUCUUCAAGUCUUGCAGAAGAAGAAGAAUCAAAAAGCGUUAGAAGAAGCGAUGGGUAUAUUAAUGAAUAAGUUCUCAUUCAUUGCAGGCACCGUGUUUGGAGUUUACAUAGCUCAGAAUUACAACGUUCCCAACAUCAAAAAGUUAUUCAAUGAGGCACUUUACUCGGCCAAACAAGUCGAAGAAAAAUACCGCAAACCCAAGAAGCCCGAGGAGGAGCAUUAACAAUUUUGGAUUCUCCCUUCACAAUUACUUAAAAUUAAUUUGCAGUGUGUUUGCUUUUCCAAAAUUAUUUGUAACUUUAGAUCAAGACGAUCAUAUAAAGAGGAAGUAUGCAGAGAUCCCGUUUGGUUCCCAUUUUUGUAAGAAUAAUAAUGAAAUAUAUAGUAAUUACGGGACCCACAUAAAAGAUAGAUAACGGUCAUAUUUUUUAUUUUUGUGGCCAAAGAAUGAAAAUCAAACGGGGCAGAAUAUAUGUACCAAAUUUUGCUUUCCAGAUAAUACCUAUUCAAAUUGUAAAAAGCCCCUCUUAUUGCUUCAUAGGAGCAACUUCUGCAAAAAACAAUUACCUCUCAAGCUUGUUGGA